AAUAAGGCUACUCAGAAGCUUUUAGGUGAAGGAGAUGCAAAUGAAUUCAACAAAAAGCUUUUGGAAUCCGUUAAUGCAACCGGGAGAGUGUACAUGACACAUGCUGUGGUUGGGGGAGUGUACGUGAUAAGGCUUGCUGUUGGAGCAACACUUACAGACUAUUGCCAUGUGAUCAAGGCUUGGAAGGAGAUACAAGAGCAUGCACAUAACAUUAAAAAUGAGUUUUUGUGA